CUCAGUUACGUUCUGACUGUUGCACCGGGAGACUGUUACACCCGCGUCUAACUCCCAUAGUGACUGGUGAUUUAAACAUUUGCAUCACAUCAAACAUUACGUAUCUAGUUAUAUUUGUGUUUCAACCUUAAAGAGAAAACUGUGGACUAAGUUAAGAGAAGUUUGAACCAGAAAAUGUAUGAGACGUCGGAGAACAUGAGCAGCGAGUUGAUGGGGGUGAACAUGACGAGGGAGGAGGAAUAUGAUGGUCCAAACUGGGUACCUCUCGACACCUUCAUCGGUCUCGUCCUCGCCUUCUCCUCGUGUCUCUUCAUCGGCAUCUCGGUCAUCCUCAAGAAACUGGCGCUCAGGGAUAUAGAGACUCGGGGCGGCACACGGGCGGUGGACGGAGGGUAUGGCUACCUACGUCUCCCCAAGUGGUGGCUGGGCAUCUCUCUCAUGGGUCUCGGGGAACUCACUAACUUCGUGGCUUACAUCUUCGCCCCGGCCAUCCUGGUGACGCCCCUAGGAGUCUUCUCUAUAGUGUGGACAGCAACUCUCUCCCCUUACUUCCUCAAGGAGAGACUGGGUAUGCUGGGUAAACUAGGGUGUGUGUUGGUGCUGGUGGGGUGUGUAGUAGUGACGCUCUGUGGUCCUAAAGAUCGAGAAAUUGCUAGCAUGGAUGAGUUACAGUCACAGCUCCUUCACCCGGGGUUCUUGGUGUACGCCGGGCUGGUGGUGUUCGUCUCGGGUCUCUUCAUGGCUUUAGUCCCUCGCUACGGUCACCGCUACGUCAUGUUCUACAUCACUAUCUGUUCCUGCUUUGGUUCACUCUCGGUCAUGUUCUGUAAGGGUGUGGGUCUGGCCCUCAAGCAGACCAUCGGUGGCAUCAACGAGUUCACUAACUGGGCCACCUGGGUGUGUCUGGUGGCACUCAUAGUCUGCCUCCUCAUAGAGACCAUCUACAUGCAGCGGGCACUUGACCUCUUCAACAGCUCUGUCUUCAUGUCUAUCAACUACGUGCUCUUCACUUCACUUGUCAUCGUCGCCUCCUCCAUCCUCUACACUGAGCUGAGAGAGAUAGGCGUCAAGAACAUCAUCCUCACACUCCUUGGCUUCGUCGUCAACAUCGUGGCGCUGUUCCUCUUGCAUUUAGACAAGGAAGAAAACACUCCACCACCUACAGACGAGGAGAGGAACGACGUGCAGCCCUCGCCACAGAUCGCCAAGGUACCUCCGGCUGGUGUGGAACAAGGCACACCACUCCUGGGUCGUGCCCCAGCCUCCCCCCUGGCCGGCCUCAACCUCCCUCACACAAUGUUCCCCACCAAGACCAACUCGUGCAUGUCACUCAUCAGCCAGACCUCCCUGCACAAACACACAGCCGGCGACAACCACCACACAGCGCCUCACAGUGAUGACCACGACAACACCAGCCAGCACAGCAACACAAGCCACGACAGCAGCAGCAACGUCAGCAGGGGUGGCAGUAGCAGUGUAGACGGCACCAGCAGCAGUAGUAGCAGCAGCAGUAGCCACAGUGACAGUUUAAGGAGACGUGAACGCCAGCAGACAGGAGACUCAGCCCGGGGUCACUGUAGGUCCUCGUCCGGCUGUAUGUGUGAGGUGCCACUUCUCACUGAGCUUCACACCUCCAACUCCAAGUUAACCAACCAGCCAUCAGCCUCUAACACACCCACCUCCAAGGUCUCCUCCUCCAAAAACAACAAAAGCAGGAGUAGAAGCAGAAGCAGCAGCUGUAGUAGCAGUAAAUCAGGGGAAGUUAAUGUCAGCCUCGAGGGUGAUGACAGCUACCAAAGACAACAUCACAAUCAGGCACUCGUCUGAUCCUCACCUCACCAAGUAUUACCUCAGUGCCACACAUUGUAGGCCAUACACUGUAUAAAAUACCACUCCUAAAUUAGUUGCCAUUUGGUACAGAAACUGGUUGCCAUGGUCGUGAUUGAUUCAAUAGUCCAACAACAAACCCGAUUCUCACAUUGCACCAAAUAUAUUAUUACAAGAACUCAGCAGUUUAAUUUGAACACAAAAAACAUAUGAAUGCAUUCAAGAGGUCAUUUCAGAGGUUCAAAGUCGGCACAAUACUGUUUUAGAAACUGUGUGUGAGUGUGUGUGUGUGUGUGUGUGUGUGUGUGUCUCAUAUAAGUACGUCUGUGGGACUAAAAUCGUCAGUACAUCGUAAUCAGCUGUGAAUCCUUUAAGGUGACCCCCUGUAAAUAAUAACACACCUGGACUACGGAGGGACUGAAACACCUUCCAAACUCAAGUGAUUUAUGAGUCACCUUUGAGGUUUGUAGUUGACAUGACAUGUAAUUUGGGUUACCAUAGAGACCACAUAGCCCCAAAUAUCAUGUCAUGGGCUCCAAUAUCAUUGUCAUGUCAUCUUUGAAACACAGAAAUGUCAAACUAUUCAUAAACAACACCCCAAUGAUAAAAUUAUCAGCAGCUAUAAAACUCUGUAAGAUUAUUUUUUUUUUACAGAUAAGAAAGUCAUUUACUACAACCCUUAUUGUCCAAAGUAUAUAAUUAAACAGUGACAUUAUAUACUAUAGAGAACAAGUAUAGUCUAGUAAAUAAGGAAAAUAAACUGUUUUUGAGGAAUAAUAAAGAUAUAGAAUAUAUACAGUACAGUAUAUACAUUACAGGUGACACUGUAAAUUUGGUCAGUACUAUAGCCAGUGAUAUUGUAAGUUAUAUGAGGAAUGUUAUAUAAUGUUUAAAAGCUUAAGCUGAUGUGAAUAUUAUUAUUUAAUAUAGUAUUCCUUAUGUAUAGUUAAUACUGUAUUAUUAUGUGUAUAGCAACAACCAUAAUAUAACUGCUUAAUAUAGUAGCACUUAGUAUAUUUAAAUUUUAGUUUUUUCUUUUGGUCAAUAUUUUAACUUUUUGAAGGUUAUAUCAUGUGUUUAAUAUGAGGUGAUCAAAAAGUUUGGUGAAUGUUAGAAUAAUAGCUACCGUUUUAUUGAGCAUUAAACAUGUACAGUACCUGUACUUCAUUCACCCCAUUCAAAGUACUCCCCUCCCGCACAUACACACUUGUUCCCUCUCUCCUGCCACUGCCAGGAACAUUGCUCGAAGUCCUCCUUCAGAAGGAUUGUCGUCUUGAAUUGGAUGUCCCUUAUAAUGUCGUGCAUUUCAGUUUGGGGAACAGCCAGAAGUCAUAAGGUGCCAAGUCAGGAGAAUAAGGUGGAUGUGGGAUGAGAGGAAUGUUUUUCCCUGCCAAAAAUUGCUGGAUAGAGAGUGCUGUGUUACUGGGCAUAUUGUCGUGAUGGAGGAGCCACCAGCUAUUCCACUUCUCACGUCUUUUCUGUCUGACUGCCUCAUGCAAACAUUUCAAAGCAUCUAGAUAGAAAGCUGCAUUAACGAUAGCAUCCCUGGGGAGAAAUUCUGUAUUCGCCAUUCUUGCCACGUCAAAAACAGUAAUCAGCAUGACCUUCACUUGCAAUCUCAACUGAAGUGCUUUUUUUAGUCUCGGUGAUGACGGUGUCUUCCACUGGAAGCUCUGGGCUUUGGUUUCUGGGUCACAACAGUAAAUCCAAGACUCAUCGCCCAUUAUCACCUGGGAUAAGAAUGUUGGAUCUGAAACACACUGAUCAAAUAAGUUGGAGGAAAUGAAGACGUGACUUUCCUUUUGUUCAUCUGUGAGGAUACGUGGAACAAACUUCGUGCUGACGUGUCUCAUGUUCAAAUCACCUGUCAGUAUGGCCUAAAUGAAACCAAACGAAAGACCGGUCUCUUCCGCAAUUUCAUGAAUGGGGUGACGUUGGUCUGCCCGGAUGAGAGUGCUGACUUGAGUAACCACUAUUCAUUCAUUCAUUCCUUGGUAGUGGUACCAUUCACCAAACUUUUUAAUCACCUCCGUAUUUCUCAAAACUCCAGUUAAACUCAGUCCCUUUGACAUUUUGAAAAGGCUUAUUAUCAUGCAUAUUUCCCCUAAAGCAUGAUACAGUACUAUACUUUUAUAUGUGCCAGUAUAGUUAAGGAUAUACUGUAUAAAUGUAUUCAGUUAACACAAUGCUUUAUAUAUACUGUACAUUUACUUUCUUAUGGCAUCAUUUUGUUAUAUAUAAUGUCUAAGUGUUGUUAUUUUGUAAGAGGAAUGUUGUAACUAAAUACUGUACUGCUCUAUACAAGCAUGAUACCAAAGUAUUCAUAGUAUAUUAAUGUUUAUUUUGUCAUUAAUUGUUUCUUUUCCCUGAUGUUAUUUUCUUUUUGUUAAUGCCUCAUUUAAUUUGUUAUUGGUAUAUUAUCUCUCACUAUCUAUUUACCUAUCUUUCUCUUUCAGUCUAUCUCACUAAAUCACUGAUCUAAACAAUGGAUAACAAGUGUUUCAUAUCUGUAUACCUAUCUAACGCCUUCAGGUAUUAAAGAUUUCCCAAAGAAACAUCAGAAACACCUGUUCAAAGAGUCAACAUAUUAUAAGCUUACACUUGAAGAUAAUACUUGAAUCAACAACCUGUAACAUUCAUCACAUAGAAAAUCUAACAUCCUACUUUAUAUUUCUCAUAACUAGACUUGCAGACUUCCAAGUUAUUAUGUUUGUAAGAGAUUAAAUUAAAUGCUUCUUUGCCUUAUACUUAAAUUCAUUCCAGCUUUUAUGUUUUUUUUUUAGUUUUGUUAUUUACUUACCACAGUAUGCAAAUGUGGCAAACCGAAGUUGUACAUAUAAUAUAUAACUACUAAUUAUUUGUAUAUAUUUUUACAGUAUAUAACAAAGUAGUGCAUCUUGUUGUUGUUGUUGAUAUAAUGUAUUAGUAUGCCUCAACAGCUGAUGUAUUUAAGCACAUGGUCAGUUUCUUCAAUAAACAACAACCAUAAAAAAAUAGGAAAUAUGUACUGUAUACUACACUUCCUCUAACUUUUUAACGAAAAGAAACUAAGAUAGAAUACAGCCUCGUGUUUUUGGUCGUCUGUGUAAAACUGUAACAUAAUGAUAUGAUGUUAGUGUAGCUGCUUACAGUAUGAUAGGUUAGGUUGGAUUGGGUUGUGUUAGCGUCAUUGUGUAAAAGAGCACAGUACUUUUUGCUGUUUCUGCUGCAUCUUUGGGCAUUAUCAUACUAGGAUGUUGUUUAGCCUGUGUAGCAUUUGGUGACUUGACAGAAUGAUGGUUGAAUUUAUAUAUUAUAACCCCUUUAUGGAUGACGGUUUAAGUCAUAACCCUUUGAGGACGAGGGUUUAAGUUACAAGUUAUAAUGCGAUGCAGUUACCAAUCACAUUACAAAAUAAUGUAAUAUUUGCUAUUACAGAAUCAUAUAUUAUGCUGUACUGAAUGAAGCGUCACUAGAAGACUUUUUGUUUCAAGUUAACUAUUAGAUAUCAACACAAUUUAAUAUCCACAGAAGUGAAAGAAGUAUUGUAGUAUUAUUACAACGGGUGAAUACAUUAUAAUUGAACGUACAGAUGAAAACACAAGUCUACUAAAAUAAUUUGUGGCAGGGCAUCAAACGUGACCUGUGUAGAUUAUAUCGAGUCUACUCCUCAGCCAUGAACUCUUGUCAUAGGUUCAGUUGAUGCUCAUCUGUAUAGUAUAGUUCUGUACUCUAUAUUAGGCACUAGAAUUUAUAGUUUUUGAGUGUAUCUUUGCCGCCAUUCUCACGUUUAAAACCAAAGAAUGAUUCGAACAAGUUGCUUAAGGACUGCACACCCUCGUAAUUCACUAAUAUACUCAAACAGACGCUAAAACACAAGGCUGAUUAAUAAACCCCAUACUCGACUGUUAUUGCAUAUCUAACAGUGCUACCUACACAACAACCAAAAAGCCAAAUUUUUUACCACUUUUAUAUAGUACCAGACAUAAAAUAAUUAAAAUGCCUUGGUAAACGUGCAUGUGUCGCUGCCUUGAUAAUUUUACUGGACUAAUUGAAGGAUAUUUACAAUGUGAUUAUCUGAGUUUAUUUUCACCCUGACAUUUCAACUAAACAGCCUUAUCGGUGUGAAUAUGUACGUAUAUACGAGUACAUGUCCAUUUGAUUGCCUUAUAUUAAUGCCUUUACACAUACUGAAAGGAACUAGUAAUAUGAGUUGUCGUCGUUUAAGUAUUCACUAUUUUUUGCGUUUAACCUCGAGGUUGACAUGUCACAAUACAAUAUAUAACGAUAUACUUGUAUAAGGGGCAGUCUCAAACCAUAAACUGAACCCAAAAACUGGUGAGUACAGAAACAGCCUAAUAAUGAACAACUUAUUUCUUGUUACAACUUAUUAAUAUCCCCUAGCGAUAAAUUAUGUAAUACUGCAAAACUAAAGUGCCGUACAGAAGUAAUACUUCUGUAAUAGUGUUCAAUAAUGAAUACCAAAAGGUUCCAACACCUUUUAAAUAAACAGUGUACAGAGCUCCAUAUAAUUAUUGUUCUGUGUUGCUGUCGUGUAUAAUCUGCUAAAAGAUGAAAUAUAAUCCACACCAGUUUAAUCCCUCCUGAACUAACAGUAGUGACAUGGAUACAUAACUGAUGACUGAAUACGAAGUUUAGAGUAAAAAAAAAUAUAUAUAUUUUUAAAUGUUAAAUAAUAAUGAUUUAAGUGAUGGUACUGUAAAAUAUAGAAGCCUCGUUACCAAUAGCGUUAUAUAAAUUGCCAAGUAUCAUAUACAGCUUAUUAUGCAAUGCAUAUAACUAAUUUAUAUACUUAGUCUUUACAUACGAGUACGGUAUGCAUGAUUAGACUGAUCGUCGAGUUACCUAAGUGUUAACGUUGUCAGUAAAUGUGAAUAAAAAAAGUUGACACGUUUGUUCGUUUACCUAUUGAAAAUAGCUUACGGAUGAGCUAAUUUACUAAGAACAACAGUUUAAUAAGACAUGUGUACAGUGUAUAAUAUGAAUAUUUUGCUUGAAUGUGUUGACAAAAUUUGAUGGUACGUAACUGUAUUUAAAAGAUGAUGAUGAUUAGGUUAGCUUAAAUUAAUUUAUUUUAGAUUUAGUGUUUUACGGAUUAGGAUAGGUAAGGUUGGUUUUAUCAGGUAGUGUGAGACUUAAGGUAAAUUUGGUUGGUAUAAAUGUUCCUCGUGGUGGGUGAGUAGCAUAUAGUAUACUGUAUGGCCUCAGCUGUCACCAUAUUCUCAUACCAGCGUAUUAUAAGAUAGUCAAUGUUAGGAAAUUACUACGAAUAUGACCGAUUUCAGCUGCAAUGAACAGAUCCGACCCCCAACUCAUCUGAUACAAGUCUAAUGUGGAGGGAUUCAGAUACUUCACAGGUUUCUGAAUAGCUGGGUUCAUGAAGAGGCAGGUGAGGCGACUCGACUUUCGUUGACGAGUGUACUAACUAUCUAGACACCCUCCGCCGUAAGUUCAAUGUCGUUAUAGUAAAAACUAACUCUAAAAUAUUAGCACGUUUAUGUAUUUUCUGUAAUAUCAACGUAAUAUUGGACUGUUAUCUGAGCAAAAUGCGUUGUCAUGUUUCUAGUUAAGUGGACAUGAGCGUAUGACUCGAUGUGAUGUUCCAAUGAUUCGGUGGUUUAAAGGGUUCAAGUCUAUAAAUCAGAAUUUUAUAUUAAGUUAGAUGAGUUAUAAAGCCAAUGAACCUUCGAAUCAAUGAGCCAUUAGUAAGGACAUAAAUGUAGAAAUAACUGUAACGAUCUUCGAUAGCCUAGUAUUGCUGAAAUAAUUUUGGUGAAAACUUCUAUGUGUAGUCACUAUAUAACCCGAUAUAUAACAAAUCAUUAGAUAUAUACCAGUUAGACCACUAUAUAUCAGCAGUAGUUUAGUAAAAAUAAAUAGCGUUCCUGUUUGUUCAGUGCCAAAUAUUAUUACUGGUUUAGACUUAGACUAUGAUAGCCUACGUUCACUUGGCGUUCUUCAGCGAGAGGUAUACUGACGACCAGGGUGUUUAUAAAGACCGUGUGAGCUUUUAAACUCUAAUAUCGUUGUCUUUUCAUCUAGUUAUGUUGAAAGCUAGAAAUGAAUGCAAUAAUGGGCCAAACUUUAUUAAACCCGCGCCUUUUAUACGUCAUUUACAGAUUCUUAUCAUGUGUAUACAAAGUUAUUAAAGUUUAAAAGUGUAGAACAUGAUAUGGGGAACAAUUAUGAGAAUACUGUAUACUACCAAAGUGUUGUAGAGUGAUCUAAAAGUCCCUGCGUUAAUUAAAAAUAUUCCGUUAUACCUACAUUGUCAUAAAGUACUUACACUAAAUACUGGAAAUGGCCACAGUAGAUGUUGAAAGUGACUUCCAUCUCCAAUAUUUACUAUAAGUAGAACAAAAUAUAUAACAAUGUAAGUAUAACAAGGAACAACUAUAACAGGAGCUAAAGCCUUGUAGAACGUACCAUAAAUGUGUCUUAUGAUAACCUGCCCUUAACUCAGCAGCUCUAUUAGAUUUCCCAGAGUAAAUAUAGACAUCGUGUGCGUAAGCAGAGGACUGGCCGUUAAUAAGUUAAAAAGUUCAUAGUCGACGCGACAUUAGUGAUUUUUAGUCCCACAAAAUAACUAUUAACGUCUCCUGUACACACACACAUAAACACACUAUUGAGAUCUGUACACACUCAUCGAUACACUAUUAACGUCUCCUGUACACACACACAUAAACACACUAUUAAGAUCUGUACACACUCAUCGAUACACUAUUAAGGUCUCCUGUACACACACACACACACACAGCUCAAAAACGGUAUCAUGUGCCUGUCGACCCCUAACACUCUUGAACGCAUUACAUUGAAUUUUAUAUAUUUCCUCAGUAUUGUACACAUAACCACCCCAGCUACCAUUCUAGGAAAUUCAAAGUGAACAGUAAGACUAAUAUGUGUUACGAUGGUACAGUACAAGUUCAGCCUUAAGGCGCCCACACACCUUCAAUUAUGUUUGUCAAACAUGGUGUUUGACCAUACAAUUUGAGUGUGUCACACACACUGUGGGCGCCUUUAGUUCCUCCGCAGUUUAAAAUAUACAAUGCUACAGAGGUCCACUACAAUCUAGCAACAGCGUAUGAAUUUUCUUUACAUAUAAAUAAUUGUUUUAAUCUAACUUUCGGUAUUAUUAAUGUCAAUUUUGCCGAGUUUACCCACAUUUUGACAGUUUACUAUAGUUGACAGAACAAUUGGUAUUUUCACCGUGAAGGAGUGAACUGCCCGCACACUCACACCCACCCAGCUGCCUCAGUACUGUGUUGUCACGUCACCUAACUAAUACUUCAGCUAACGUACUUUUCAAAGUAAUGUUAAUAACGUGCAUGUAAAUACAUCCAAUAUACCAGUUGUGUUUAAAGUCCUUGGCCGUGGCUGCAGAAGCGAAAUAAUUAUCAAACACAAUUGCUAUUAUACAGUAUUGGACAACGGACCUACAGCGUGUGAUUGACUUUCGCUAACCAGACAGACACGAGGGAACUAUUCUACAAAUUUAUCAGAAAAUGUAAGAAAAUAUCCCUGAUAUGUUUUUUUAGAUGAGCACACGAUUUUAUUUACUACUUAUUGAAAUAAGAUAUACCUAUACAGCCAUACUAAUAAUACCGUGUGGGUGUCACCUGUACUUUUAAAUGGAAAUAUUAUGUGCUUAAGUUGUAAGACACACUAAGGUGAGUAAUACUCCCUCCCUCGGUCAAGCAAGACGUACAGUAUAUUUGACUGUUUAAACCCGGCCAAAAAUCUGCUUAAAUUUUAAAAGUUACUAUUUUCAGCUGUAAUGUAUUUUUUUAUUAAAAUGAAUACUGUAUACAGUAUAUUCCUAUUUAUCUUAAUCACGUAGUUUAAGAGCUAAAUUGGUUAAGCUUGAUAAGUGCACUGUUAAGAAUCUCAGUGUUAACACAUGACCAUGCAGUCUAAAACAAUGUGUACACCAAACAAUAAACAUACGCCAUUGUUUCUUUGAACUGAACGAGGCAUUGCAUAAGUGACAAGUCUACACUCUUUUUUUUAAUGAGAAAUCAAGCAAUUAAGUUGUUCGGUUUGGAAAACACAUAUCACUAAAUAUUCUUGUAUUUUAAUGAACAAGGUCUCAUUUUGUAGAUAUUUUACCGUAGUACUAUGGUGUGCUAAUGUAAAAGGGAAAAUGUGGACACAAAUGCAGCAAUAAACACAAAUAUAAAUUGUACUAAGUAAAA